AUGGAGUACUUUCUGAUACUAACCUCGAUGACGAAGUCAACAUCGACACACAGUUCAGCUGUAACACGCUUUCGAUGCCUAGCUGUCAUGCAACCCAAAGUAAGCACGAGGUCUGAGACACUAUCGGAUUUCCCAAGCCUAGAAAGGAGUAGUCGAGAUGCCGAGGUUGGGUUCGAACCACGAACCGUCUGGAGGUAA